AUGUCUAGACCUCCUGUGACAUGCCAUAUUCUCGAUACGACCACUGGAAAGCCAGCUGAAGGUGUUGUAUGUUCGAUCUACAAAAUGGCGAUCGACGAUACUUCUGACGAUACCCAAGUGUUAUGCGAAAAUGGCGAUGCACCCUUUGCUUUAGCUAAAACCAACGCCGAUGGAAGGAUCGUCCAGUGGGUGUUUGCACCAGAGCCAUCCAAAAGAACGCUCCUGAGAAGCAUUGGAAUCGUGGAACAGGAAUCUAAAAUGCUGGCCUGGAAGUCCUUGGUUCCUGGUUUUUACAAGAUCCGGUUCCAGACAUCGAAAUACUACGCUCGCGAAGGCAAAUCGUGUUUCUUCCCGUUUGUGGAAAUCGCCUUCACAGUAAGCGAUGCUAGGCACUACCAUAUCCCAUUGCUUCUCAGUAACUACGGCUACACGACAUAUCGCGGCAGCUGA